UGACUCUGGCCCCCACCGUAUCUCCCUAUCGACCAGGUUGAGUCGCAUAUGACCCAGCGGUAGAGUGGCAGGGAAGAGUGAUACAUAUCGCGAAAGUUAUCCCCUGCAGCGAUUUUCUCGAAUGCCAGACUACCUCGACCUCCAUUGACCAUGAAACGCACCAGACGCAGCUGGACAGGAAAGGAGGAUGAGCUCCUCCGCAAGCUAGUUCAGACAGCACUCGACACCUCCCACACAAUCCUCUGGAGCGAGCUCGCCCAGAAAGUCCCCGGCCGCUCGAACAAGGACUGCCGCAAGCGGUGGUGGAACACGCUGGCCGGCGGCAACAUCAAGGGCGCCUGGUCGCCGGAGGAGGACCAGCGGCUCAGCGAGGCGGUGCGGAAGCAUGGCAACGACUGGACUCACAUCGCCGCCCUCGUGGGGUCCCGCUGCGCUGAUCAGUGCUCCAGUCACUGGCGGCAGGUGUUGCGACCCAAUGUCAGUUGUUGUAACUGGACUGAACAAGAGGACGAAGAACUUCUAAAGGCGGUCCAAACGCAUGGCACCAAUUGGUCGACUAUUGCGGCGUUUCACCAUCCGCCGCGGACGGGGCUGGGCCUGAAGAAUCGAUAUGCCAGGAUCCGGGCGAAAGAAAAGGAUGCCGGUCGAUCCGUGCUGCACAAGGGACCUUCUGCGCCUGGGGGCAAGCGCAGCAACGUGGUGAAGCCCAGAAGGAAGCGCAGCUCCCCGCAAAUUGGCAUCGCGCGGGACUGCAACGAGCAAAUGAGAGAAGGCAGUACCCCGAAUAAUUGCCCCGGGACCCUGGAACCGCAGGGCAGAUUCCCACAUCCCGACGAGCGCAAGGAACCGGCUUGCUGGUGGACUCGAUUCCCCAACAACACCCCCAUCGGUUCUUGGGAGACAUCCACAUCGUGGGUGGGCCAUGGGACUAUCGACCCACGCCUAAUCCUGCCCAGCCCACCUUGCUCAGAGGAUUGUUGGAUGGGUAGCACACCGGAUCUGACGGUGUCUGCAAUGGGCAACUCCCGGCUGCCGUCCUUCGACCGGGUCCUGGACGCCACGCAGGCUGACAACGAUCGGGACCGACAGAUGCUCUUGUUUCCUCCUGACGAGUACCCGACCGACAUGGGUUUCCGAACCGUGCACGAGGCACUCUACCUUGCACCUGACCCGUGCAGCCUGGGGAAUUCCCGACACUCCUCCACGGAACCGCUGCAUCCGUUCCUCACUAUGGCCGAGCUAGACUUGAUGCCCCGGGAGCCCUCUCCACGUGCCUCAGUCCACUCCGGAAUCCACCCAAGUCAGCAUGAGAGGUCAGCAGAGACUAACAUGCACCGGGUCUCGCUCAGUCUCUCGUGCACAACGAGCCAGUUGAGCAGUAUCAUGUCGCGAGUGGCCGACACCGGUGCGGCUGUGAAUAUGACGGUGGAUGCAGAGUAGAGAGUGGGGGACUUCAUAGGUUUAUUGCAUCUGCGAUACUUUUUGUGGUCAGAAGCAUGUCCUGGUCAUCAUUAGAUAUUUUGAAUCCACGAAAUUAGAAAUGAGUAUCUCGUCUUCUAAGGCUCUUUAGAUGGAACCAGAGUAACCUCUACAGCAUGAUUCCACAAGGCUCUGCGACCGUGACACAGAACUUCUAACCGCUAACCCUCAUAACGCCCACAAACCACUGCAAGAACACCAUCCCAACAACGCAAAAACGCCAACACCAACACCAACACCGAAUAGAGCCUCCUACUUCGGCUCCGCCCGCGGCA